AUGCAUGACGGCCAGCAGGAUUGUGCAGACUCGCCGACUUUCGAUCUGGAUUUCUGCAAGGCGCGCGUUCGCCAACUUCUCGCCACCAACCCUGCGCUUGCGCUCAUCGGCUUCUACGUCAUCGGCCCCGACGUUGAGAGGCCAGGGACGAUUCAUGCGGAACUCGCUCGCCAGCUCGCCCCACUCUGUGAUGGCGCCGCGCUCCUUCUCUUUGACCCCACGGCCCUCGCCCAGCCUGCGCUCGAUGCCGACAAGCGCGCGUUUGUUGCAGUGUACGAGGUUCCUCUGGGCGAUGCCGGGGCCGGUGCAUGCGCGCCGGAAGCAGCGCAGUGCUUGUUUGAAGGAAACCGUGAAGCCGCAGGGCGUUCGCUCCGCAAGACGCAAAUGGAAAUAGCCAUGGAUGAAAUGGAAAGGAUCACUCUGGACCACAUCAUAAGCGAAGCUGGGGCUGCUGGGUCAAAGUCGGAGACAGCCGAGCACCGGUACCGGCUGCAAGCGGCUCGGCAGAGACGAGCAGUGGAAGAGUUGCUACGGCGAACGCAACAUCUGAAAGAUUACGUGGCGGAGGUGCGAGCAGGCGCCGUUCCUCGCGAUGAAACCCUCCUCCGGUCUCUCAUGUCCUUCUGCCGACACCUGUCGACUUGCAGAUCUCUUCCUUCCUCUCUUUCCCGUGUCUCCCCCCUCCCUUCUUCUUCUCCUUCCUGCUGCUCUCCUGGAGAGACGAGGUCUCCUGCCGCCGCUCUCUCUGGUCCACAGGAGGCGCGGUUUGCAUCGAUGGAUGUAGAUACACCCGACGCGACGGCGGAUUUGCCUUCUGCGUCAAAAGGCGAUUUUGAGAAGGUAUCUGAAACUCUGCGCGAGCUCGCGCUUCUCCCACGGACACAACAUAUCGAAAGCGCUGCGGAAGCGACGCGCGACGCAGUCAUGUCUCAAAUGGCCGUUCUGCUUUCCUCCAUGACGGAUGCUGUCGGAGCGGCGACCAGAACCCACGAAAAGUUUCUCCUCGCGCGGGCGAGUCACACUAGCAACUCCCGCUCGCUCGCCCAGCCUGCGGAACGCUCAGGGCGGCGGAGUCCCCAAGCCUGGUGA